AACUUGACGUUAAAGUUAUGUGAGUGGUGUAUACUCACUAUAGUCUACACAUUUAAGUUUAUUCACUGCAAAGCUAAAGAUCAACUGUUAGUGACAUACGCUGUUUGUCAAAAAUGUGUUUUAAAACGGCCCGUUGCGUAAGAUAAUUGUCGCUUACAUCAACAUGCAUCAAAAUAUUAUAUUUGCCCUUUUCCAGGCAACGUGCAGGACACGAGUGUAGUGAUGUAAUGAUGAAAGUCAAGCCAAACAGCGUAUCUUUACUAUAGGAUGAUUUUGCUGAAUGAUUUAAAAAAUGGAUGUAGAUACAAAACUGGAAAGUCUUGGAAAAUGUGGAUGUUACCAAGCGCUGUUGUUUGUCAGCCUGAGUUUGAUUUAUUUACGUGGAGCCUGGCAUGUUUUUGUACCAGUUUUUAUCGCUGCUGACCCAGGCCAUACCUGUAAUCUGCCGCCAAAAACAUCUGGAAAUAUCAACAACAGUUUUAUAAUUCCUUAUUCUAAUAAUUCUGGUUUAUUUGAUAAUGCCUCAGAUUCCUACUUGGCAAGGGCAUCAGCUUGUUCUGUGACCUACUAUUCGGAUACAGGAGAUAAUAUGUCUAGGACAUGUGAUCAUGGAUGGAAGUAUGGUGAUCAAUUUGAUUCAACAAUUGUUACACAAUUUAACUUAGUUUGUGAUGAUGAUUAUAAGGCUGAAUUAUCUACAACAAUUUAUAUGAUAGGAACUGCUAUAGGAGCUGUUAGUCUCACCUACUUCUCGGAUAGAUUUGGAAGAAAGAAACUUCUAAUUGUAUGUUUGAUACUGCAAGGUGCAAUAGGUGUUGGAGUUGCCUUUGUUCAGAGCUAUAUUAUUUUUACAAUUUUACGUUUCUUUAUAGGAUUAUUAAACAUGGGUAUUGGUCUGACAGCAUUUGUUAUGAUAACAGAAGCUUACCCAGCAUCAGUAAGAACAAUUCCUUCUGUCGCAGUUCAAGUAUUUUGGGCAAUUGGAAUAAUGUUUCUAGCCUUAUUUGGUUAUUUAGUUAGGAAUUGGUCUUAUUUAGAGAUUCUGAUUUCCGUACCCAAUUUUUUGAUAGUCUUGUAUAUUUUUUUUAUACCGGAAUCUAUACCAUGGUUGAUGGCUACUAAUAACCAUCAACAGGCUAAUGCUGUUAUAGACUGGGCCAUGAAAAUUAAUAAAAUAACUCAUCAGAAACAUUUGCACCGGAACCCUUUUAAAGAGAUAGUUCAAAUGAUUCCUGAGGAGGAAGAGGAGAAGGGGGAUGAAAGUGUAAUAAAGUCUAUUUUACGGUUGUUUCGUACCAAAAAAAUACGAUUAUACACCAUAGUUAUAAUAUAUUUAUACAUCGUCAACAGUCUAGUUUAUAUGGGUAUAUCAUUUAGUAUGCCAUCUUUACAUGGUAAUAUUUAUCUGAAUCUAUUCCUCAGUGGACUUGUAGAAAUCCCAGCACAAAUAAUCUGUAUGUUUGUUAUAACCAGAAUUGGAAGGAGAAUACCUCUAAUGGCAUUUUUGUUAUUAUGUGGUAUUUCAACUAUUGGUGGUGCAGUCUGUCCAGUCUCAACAGAUAAUGGUACAAGUCUAAUAUGGUUAAAGAUAACAUUUUUUAUGAUCAGUAAAUUUGCUAUAACUGGAUCCUAUUCAACUGUAUAUCUUUAUUCAGCUGAAAUAUUUCCUACUGUUGUCAGAAAUUUGGCCAUGGGGAUUGCAUCUGGCUUCGAGAAUCUUGGUUCAAUUUGUGCUCCAUUUAUAAUGUAUGCUUCUAAAAGGAUACCAAUACUUCCAGUGGUGAUAUUUUCCAGUGCUUCGAUCAUUGGUUGUUUUUUGAUAAUGCUUCUUCCAGAGACAAAUAAUCAGCCAUUACCUCAAACUGUGUCUGAAACUUAUAAACCUAGAUUUAAAGAUAGAAAUAGUCAAAUGAGUACAGAAUUGUAGCAGAUUCUGAUUGCAUUAUAAAGGUCUGAACAUACCAAGGAAUAUUUGUCGACAAUCUCAUCAACACAUUAUUUGGGUCGUUUUGAGACUAAGAUGGUUCAUUUAUUUUCUGUGGUCGUGUGUGACAUUACAUUCUAGGUAGGUGUAUUUGACCGGGACAGCAGCUUUACCGUCUACUUUUCAUGAAAUUUCAACCAUCAAGGGUUCUUUUACAAGUAUGCCAAUGUCUGCCCCACAAUUGCUACCUCAAGUAAGAACUGGGUUUGAAAAAUCCUUAAAUUUGUUUGUAGCCCAUGCUCGGAUCAAUUUUGAACCAAGCACAUUCUGAUUUAAGAGUCCAGUGCACUGACCGUGUGACCAUCGUAGUCUCCCUUCAUUGCGUUAUUUAUUAAAACAUUCACCCAUUACAAUGUUUAGUUUAUACAAAACAAAACAGAGUGGCCUAAUGUCACUCCUAUAGUUUGUUGGUAAUGGAUUAUUUGCCUGUAGUGUAGAUAUAUCCUUCAAUAAUGUUAACAUUUAGAACCAACGAAGUGUUUAUAUUGGGAAAAUCAAAAUCUCUAGACUUUACUUAAAGUAAGAGCUGGGCAUACAGUCCUUAAUCCUGGUAAUAAUAGGGUUUAUGUUUCUACAUGUAUCUGAUAUUAUAACGGUGAGAAAUCCUCUUUUAGUUUUAUACUCAAAAACAAUCCAAACUUGAUUUCAUAUUCAAAGUGUUUUUACGACUAUAUAAAGCUUUAUGUUUAUGUUGCAUUUAUUUAUUUCAAAACCUGUACUUAAUGAGAGUAAAACAAAAAGCAAGAAUAAAGAAUAUUAUUUAUAGUGAAUAAAUGAAAUAUAUAUAUAAAAAAAGAAAGCAUGAUAAAGUGCUAAAAUAUCUGACUGAAUGGUGUGAUCAAUAGUAUUAAAUGAAAUUUAAAAUUAAAUAGAGUACCAACAUUUAUUUUUUUAGAAAGCUUAUGGUAUACUAGUUACUAUAAGACUGAAAAUAUUCCAUGACAUAUUUAUAUAUCUAGGUAUUUUUUUUUUAACAGAUGUUUAUUUUUUUAUUAUUAGAUGUUUGUUAUUAUUUCUUUAGAGAUUAUUAUUUACUAAUUAUGACAUAUUUAUUGCUGUGGUUGUAUGUAUAUGAGAGGUUAUUUGUAUACAAAAGAUUGUAUAAGAGGGGUUAUUUUUAUACCAGAGAUUGUAUAUAAUUAAAAGGUUGUUUGUUAAUGUCAGAGAAUGUAAUAACAUGCAUGUUGUAUUGACUGCCAGUAAAUGCUAAAGUUUAAAAUCAUCACUGCAUGUCUUUUCUAAAUAGACAUUUUACCUAUCCUUUACAUAUUUUUAUACGUCCACAUGGAAAUGUGGUCGUAUAUUGCCGUCGCCCCCGUCCGUCCGUCGUACACAAUUUCACUCUACAUACUACAUUUAUCAACCGAUUGUUUUGAAAUUGAUAUAUGUUGUUUGCAUUAGUGAGAUGAAGAAGCCAAUUUAAUUUAUGGCCCUUGUUUCACUUUGUUGCACCUUGUGAACGCUCUAACGACAAAAGUUAUCAACCGAUCUGUAUGAAAUUUAUAUGCAUCAUUUAAAUUAGUAAAACAAAGAAGCCUAUUGAAUUUCAGCAAUUUCCAUUAAUUACAUCUAGAGUUAUGGCCCUUGUUUCACUUUGUUGAAUCUUGUGAAACGCUCUAAUGACAAAAGUUAUCAACCGUUCUGUAUGAAAUUGAUAUGCAUCAUUUAUAUUAGUGAAAUGAAGAAGCCUAUUGAAUUUCAGCAAUUUCCGUUAAUUUCUUCUGGAGUUAUGGCCCUUGUUUCACUUUUUUUGCACCUUGUGAACGCUCUUAACGACAAAAGUUAUCAAACUAUCUGUAUGAAAUGUAUAUGCAUCAUUUAAAUUAGUAAAACAAAGAAGCCUAUUGAAUUUCAGCAAUUUCCGUUAAUUACUUCUAGAGUUAUGGCCCUUGUUUUAUUUUGUUGAAUCUUGUGAACGCUCUAAUGACAACAGUUAUCAUCCGAUCUGUUUGAAAUUGAUAUGCAUCAUUUAAAUUAGUGAAAUGAAGAAGCCUAUUGAAUUUCAGCAAUUUCCGUUAAUUACACCUGGAGUUAUGGCCCUUGUUUCACUUUGUUAUACCUUGUAAAUGCUCUAACGACAAAAGUUAUUAUCCGAUCUGUAUGAAAUUUAUACGUAUCAUAUAAAUUAGUAAAACGGACAAGCCUAUUGAAUUUCAGUUAUCACCUAAAUUAGUGAAAUGAAGACGAACAAGCCUAUUGAAUGUCAGCAAUUCCCUUCAAUUACAUCUAGAGUUAUGGCCCUUGAUUAACUUUGUUGAACUUUGUGACCUUUCGAACAACAAAAGUUAUCAUCCGAUCUGUAUGAAAUUUAUAUGCAUUAUUUGAAUUAGUAAAACGAAAAAAACCUGUCGAAUUUGAACAAUUUCUGUAGAUUGCUUCCAGAGUUACGGCCCUUGUUUUAGUUUUUAGAACCUUGUGAACCUUCAAACAACGAAAAUUAUAAUGUCAUCUGUAUUAAAUUGUCUAUUAAAUUCCCCUAAUUACCUACAAAAGAAUAAAUAUGUGACAACCCUUGUUGACUGCUUGGACGAUUUAGCUGCUGUGGGCGUAUGUUUUGUUGCCUGGCAACCUGUCUUUGUGUUUUAUUUCCAAAUAUAGGCUUUUUUAUUGAUUUGCCAAAUCGAUUUGAAAUUGGUGGAGAUGUCAUGUGACAGUAAAGUCGAUUUCAAAGUAACUUGGUGAGUUCGAUUAGCUGUAAACAAUUCUUGUGGCUGGACAUAGAUUAAAAAAAAAACAAAACAUGUGAUCACUUAAUCAAAUCGUCAAAUCGCACCUAGAGUUGAUUUGGCAAUUUGUGGUAAUAGCUUUGGAAAUCGAUGUCAAUAAAUUUGUUGAUUUACGGUAAUCAAUUUGAAUUAGAUGGACGUUAAAGAUGAAAAUUUAAUUGAAUGCAAAUCACUUUGGCUAAUCAGUGGUUGAUAAAAACGCCUUACAUCAUGGAUAAAUUUACAAAUAAAAAUAUAUUUUGUAGAAUUGUGUGUUUUCAGAGACUCGUACGAAGUGGAAAUUUGACUUAAAGGUCACCGGAAAAGCAUCAAUUUUUUUUUUAAAUAAUGCAAGUAAUUAUGUCAACAUAUCCUUUCCAUAAGU